GAUAAAGAUGUCUUUGAACCUCAACGCCCUUGAGCAACACCUAAGUACCAGGUCUUACAUCGAGGGGUACACGCCUUCUCAAGCAGACGUUCACGUUUACAACUUGCUCACAGCACCUGAGCUACCGCAGUACCCGCAUUCUGCCAGAUGGUACUCUCACAUCAAGUCUUAUGCUGCGGAGCAUGCAACGUUACCUGGCACAAGUAGGGCUGGGGAGGCCUUUGUUCAAUCGGCAUCGGCUCCGGUCCCUGCUGCUGCUGCUGAUGAAGACGAGGUCGAUCUUUUUGCCGAUGAUGAUGAAGAAGACGACGCAGAGGCAGAGAGGCUCAAAGCAGAGCGUGUUGCCGCCUACAAUGCCAAGAAAGCCAAUAAGCCCAAAGCAGCCGCGAAGUCUGUUGUGACCUUGGAGGUCAAACCUUGGGAUGAUGAAACCGAUAUGCAAGCACUUGAGGACUCCGUACGUUCUAUUGAGCAGGAAGGUCUUGUUUGGGGUGCCAGCAAACUAGUCGCUGUCGGCUAUGGCAUCAAAAAGCUCCAAAUCACUGUGGUUGUUGAGGAUGAACUUGUUUCCUUGGAUGACCUACAGGAGAAGGUUGCUGAAUUCGAUGACUACGUCCAGAGUUCCGACAUUGCUGCCAUGCAGAGUAAGCAUUCUCCUGCAUCUUGCAUGAUGGCUGAUACCUAACUUCUUCCCAAAGAACUGUAAUUAAACCGGGUGUUGAUGAGCGAGAUUUUGUAAGCUGUGUUAAGAAGCAUCAUUAUAGGAAAUGUGAAGGUUUCGUGCGAUAUGAUCA